ACACUCACACACUCAGUCAGUCAGUCAGUCAGAGGAACAUCAGCUUCCCCGACACCCAGCUGUCGGACGCUGCUUCAUUUCACCACACACCAGCUCUGGGUGCAAACUCAGAAGGGGUGUUUGUGAAAUUGAAAGGCGUCCUAACAGGGCAAACAACGACUCCAUCAUCAGAGAGCUCCGAGAAUGGGAAAAUCAGAGAGCCAAAUGGAUAUCAUGGAGAAAAGCACUAAACCGAGGAAGCAUCGCUGGACUGUGGUGGAGAUCGGACUGUCCGUCAUUGUUCUUCUGAUGAGCUGUGCUCUGGCUGGACUCACAGUGCUCUACACUUCAGCUCUGAGAGAGCGUUUUAACGUAAAUGAAUCUUCAAAAGGGCUGAAAUAUCCAUCAAAAGCUGACAGCAAUGUCUGUACAACCCCCCAGUGUGUCACUGCCGCGGCCCGACUGCUCCAGAACAUGGACCCCAGCGUGGAGCCGUGCCAGAACUUCUAUCAGUACGCAUGUGGAGGCUGGAUCGAGCGGCACGUCAUUCCCGAAACCAGCUCCCUCCACAGCGUGUUCAAUAUCCUGAGAGACGAGCUGGAGAUUGUGCUCAAGGGAGUUCUGGAGAUGGAAAGUAAGGAUGACAGAGAGGCCUUCAAGAAAGCCAAAACGCUCUACAGCUCAUGCAUGAACGAGAUUCUGAUAGAGCAGCGCGACUCGCAGCCUCUUCUUGGGCUCAUUGACAGUAUUGGCGACUGGCCCGUGGCUUCUGAGGUCUGGAACGGCACAUCAGAGCAAGCGUGGAGCCUGGAGGACACACUGGCUGUUCUGAACGCUCGGUACAAUAAGAAGGCCGUGCUUGAGAUGUUUGUGUGGCCAGAUGACCGCGACUCCAGCCGCUACAUUAUCCAUGUUGACCAGCCAGCACUAGGAAUGCCUUCAAGAGAUUAUUACCUCAGCGAUGGGAAUUAUAAGAAGGUGCGCGAGUCCUACCUGGAGUUCAUGGUUUCCAUGGCGAGGAUCGCACGAGAAGACAGGAACUUGACCCAAGAUGAAGAGCGCGUGUGGGAGGACAUGACUCAAGUGUUGGAGCUGGAGACAGACAUUGCAAACGCUACCUCACCCGCAGAAGAACGCAAUGACAUCACCGUGCUUUACAACAAAAUGACACUGAGAGAAGUGCAGCAAGCUUUCAACCUCAAUGGCUUUAAUUGGACGCGCUACAUCCAGGGAAUCAUGUCCAGCGUGUCAGUUACGGUGCGACCAGAAGAGCCCAUGGUCGUGUACUGCUCACCUUACCUGGAGAAGCUCCGCAACGUUCUUUCCAAGCACAGCCACAGGACGCUGCAGAACUAUCUGGCAUGGAUGCUCAUCAUGGAGAGGGUCAACAGUAUGAGCCGUCGCUUCAAAGACGUGAGAGCGCACUACAGAAAGGCUUUGCAUGGCACUACAGUAGAGGAGGCGAGAUGGAGAGACUGUGUCCGUUACGUCCAGGGCAACAUGGAGAACGCCGUCGGAGCCCUUUACGUCCGGGAAACCUUCUCUGGAAACAGCAAACGCAUGGUGGGUGAACUGAUCAAAAAGAUUCAGGAAGCUUAUGUGGAAACACUGGAAGAGUUGAGCUGGAUGGAUGAAAAAUCCAAGGAGAAGGCCAGAGAGAAGGCCAUGGCGAUAUCGGAACAGAUCGGUUAUCCCGACCACAUCCUUGAGGAGGAAAAUAAGAAACUAGACGAGGAAUACACACAUCUUAAUUUCAGUGAGGAGAACUACUUUGAAAACAUUCUGGAAAACCUGGCAGCAUCAGCCCAGAAAGGUCAUAAAAAGCUGAGGGAGCCCGUGGAUCCUGACAUGUGGAUUAUUGGUGCAGCUGUGGUCAAUGCAUUCUACUCACACAACAGAAACCAGAUUGUGUUUCCUGCUGGCAUCCUCCAGCCUCCCUUCUUCAGUGAAAAACAGCUGCAAGCUCUAAACUUCGGUGGAAUCGGGAUGGUUAUAGGACAUGAAAUCACUCAUGGAUUUGAUGAUCACGGCCGGAAUUUCGACAAGGACGGGAACAUGAACAACUGGUGGAGCAACUACUCUGCCGAGCAGUUCGAGGAUCAGUCUAAAUGCAUGGUGGAACAGUACGGCAAAUUCAGCUGGAAACUUGCAGGAGGCCAAAAUGUCAGUGGCAUCACAACAUUAGGAGAGAAUAUUGCUGAUAACGGUGGAGUUCGGCAAGCAUAUAAGGCGUAUAUAAAGUGGGUGGAGAGGGAGGGCGAGGAGCCCCUUCUUCCCGGACUGGAUAUGGAUCAUAAACAGCUCUUCUUUCUGAACUUUGCCCAGGUCUGGUGUGGCGCCUGUCGCCCUGAAUACGCCAUUCAGUCCAUCAAAACAGACCCACACAGCCCUCUGGAAUACAGGGUUCUCGGUUCCCUGCAGAACUUUGAGGCUUUUUCCGAAGCGUUUCAUUGUGAACGAGGAACUCCCAUGAACCCCGAGGAGAAGUGUCGCGUGUGGUAACCUGCCGUCGGAGGAGGUCCUGGAGUCGUGUAUAUUUUAGGAGGAAAGGCAGCGGUUAGGAGAGCUUGUUGUGCUGUUAUUGCUGCCUGUCUGUUAGUCUGACGUGACAGACAUGACCGCGGUGUAGACACCUACAUGUGUGACUGCAUAGAUGUCUACUGUGAACUUUCAAAAGCGCACAUAUAACCAACAAGUGCAGGCGUCGUGAACGUGCGCAGUGAGGGUGUUGUUUUUCUGAAAAAGAGGCAUGCUUUUUCAUCGUCUGUUCAGAGACUUUUAAGCAAGAUUUCGUCCUGUCCGCUUGUUUCUUUUGACACAUUAUUAGUUUUGGCACCGGAGA